UUCAGUAAGUAGUGAGAAACCACAGUCGAAUAUACAAUGUCUCUGGCUUGAAGAGAAAGAAAACCCUUUUAAAUCCCUCCAAUUCCUUUCCCUUCUCUCUCAGAAAGAAGAGUGAUUUAGCUCAGACUUUCAUUCAUUGUCUCUCCAAACUUCAAAACGAAGACUUAGAUAAAAAAAAAACCCUAAAAAAUGUUCAGGAACCAGUACGACACGGACGUUACUACAUGGAGCCCUGCUGGCCGAUUAUUUCAGGUGGAGUACGCGAUGGAGGCGGUCAAGCAAGGCUCCGCUGCAAUAGGUCUCCGAUCCAAGACCCACGUGGUCUUGGGCUGCGUCAACAAGGCUAACUCCGAGCUCUCCUCUCACCAAAAGAAAAUCUUUAAGGUCGACGAUCACAUCGGCGUUGCAAUCGCCGGUUUAACCGCUGACGGCCGUGUUCUCUCUCGGUACAUGCGAUCCGAGUGUAUUAACUAUGGUUUCACUUACGAAUCUCCGCUCCCGGUGGGCCGCCUCGUGGUCCAGCUCGCUGACAAGGCUCAGGUCUGCACCCAACGCUCCUGGAAACGGCCAUACGGUGUUGGCCUUCUGGUAGGUGGCUUGGACGAGUCCGGAGCCCACCUUUACUACAACUGUCCAAGUGGGAACUACUUUGAAUAUCAAGCAUUUGCCAUUGGGUCCCGCUCUCAAGCUGCAAAGACAUACAUGGAACGGAGGUUUCAGAACUUUAUGGACUCUUCAAGGGAAGAUUUGAUCAAGGAUGCUCUCAUGGCAAUUAGGGAAACCUUGCAAGGAGAAACAUUAAAGAGUUCUAUUUGCACAGUUGCUGUGGUAGGAGUUGGGGAGCCAUUCCAUAUUUUGGAUCAGGAAACUGUACAAAAGUUGAUUGACACAUUUGAGAUUGCUGGAAAGGAAGAGGGUCCUGCUGCUGCUCCAGAGACUGCCGCAGAAGAAGGUGGUGUUGCCGCUGACCAGGGGGCUACCGCUGACCAGGGAGCUACCGCUGAUGAGGGUGUGGCUCCAAUGGACAUUUGAGGAAGCAAGACUCAGAAGCUGCAUUUCCGUCCUUGUUUUUAGAUGAGGUUUUUAAGCAUGUGUUUGCCAAGUUCAGUGGAUUAUGGGAUGGCAUCAUGAAAGACAUCAUUUCAUUGGAGUUUAAUUUUCUUAUUUUCUCUCAUAUGAUGCAAUUUAUCUUGCCUUAUUGAAAACAUUUUAAUGCUAGUCCCCAGUGAAGUUCAUACACCUUAAGCUAA